CAACAUCAUCGCUAUACAACCCACCCAACCGACCGCCAAGACGCGGGAGAAUCUGACGUCGGCGGGUGCGUAUCGCAUCCCCGAUCUGGACCACUUCUUCUCCGCCGCAGGCAAUUUACCCACUGCAUCAACUUUCUCCCUCACUUUCCCCCCCUCUGCUUACAGCCCAAACGAAAACCCUCCAAAACAAUGCAAUACCCCUAAUACAUCCACAAACCCCGCCUCACCGACAAACGAACCUACACCCAACCAUCGCGCAAAAACCAACAUGAACAACGACCAAUUCCGCCGCCUCGUCCUCGACACCCCGACCAGCAGCAGCAGCAGCAGCAACACUAACAAAAAUGCGCGCACCACCACCAACCCAGGUGCAACAUCCCCACCCUCCGCCGCCGCAGCCGCGCUGGGCUCGCGCCUACGCUCGAGCAUCCCCAUGACGCCCCGCGCACUCAACACCACGAAAUCAUCCCUGCACAACGAGUUCGCGCGCCAACUCGCCGAUCAUCGCCGGGAGCAGAUGGGCGGCGCCGGCGCCGGCGGUCCUCCGGCGAAACGGUUCAAGUCGUCGGCUGCGCCGAAGGGGACGAGGUUGCCGGAGGGGUAUCGGGAUCGCGCGGCUUUGUUGAGGGGGGUGGAGCAGCAGGGGGAGAAGGAUGGGGAUGGGGAUGGGGGUAAGGCUGAUGGAGACGGGGGGGAUGGUGAUGAGUUGGAGAAGCGCGUGAAGGCGUUGGAGGAGAUGGUGAAGUUGGGGCAGAUUGAUCAGGGGACCUUUGAGGGGUUGAUGAGGGAUAUGGGUGUUGGUGGGCAUUUGGGGAGUACGCAUAUGGUUAAGGGGUUGGAUUGGGAGUUGUUGAAGAGGGUGAGGUCCGGGGAGGAUGUUACGGGGCCCAAGGGGGGCGAUAGUCGGAGUGUUGAGGCUGAGAAGGUGGGGGAUGUGGAUGAUGAGUUGGAUCAGGUGCUUGGCGAGGAGGAAGCCGGGGUCGAUGGGUUGCCUUCUGCUCCCAAGGAACAGAAGGUCAAGAAGAAGGGGAUUAAGGCGCCUCCGCCGCCUCCGCCUAGACUGGAGCAGGUGGAGGCUGGGGUGCCCAGGUCCAGGGAUGAGAUUUUGAGGCAGUUGAAGGCUAGUCGUGCUGCUGCUGCUGCUGCUGCUGCGGAGGCUGAAGCUGAGAUGGAGGAGCAGCGGCCGGUUGAGCCCGCGCUGGGGGAUAGAUUCAAGAGGAUCGGGAGUGAGUCGAAGGUCGAGAAGAAGCGGUGGAUCGAGCAGGAUGAGACUGGUCGCCGGAAAGAGAUCCUCCAGAUCACGGAUGCGCAGGGCAAGGUCAAGCGCAAGGUGCGAUGGCUGGAUAAGCCGGGCGAGGCGCCGGCGCCUGCUCCUGCCGCUAAACCGCUGGGCAUGGACGUUCCGCCUGAGUUCGCGGCCAAGGCGGCGCCGACCCCGGCGGAGGAGGAAGACGACGACGAUAUCUUUGCUGGAGUGGGAGCGGACUACAACCCGUUGGCAGACUUGGGAGACGAGGACGAUUCAUCGUCAGAGGAGGAAAGUGAAGACGGCGAGGUCGCUCAGAAGAAGUCGGUGGCUACAGACACUGCUCCAGCGGAGGCUACUGUGGAUACAGAGAAGAAACCUGUCGAGGACACGACAGGCCGGCCACGCAACUACUUCGCUACAUCGACGACGGAAGAAGUCCCCGAGAUCAAUCGCUCCAAUCCCCUGGCUAAGGAUGCUACGCUACUGGCCGCUCUCAAACGGGCGGCGGCCUUGCGCCAAUCCGAGGAGGCUGCUGGGGAGGGAGAGGAGGAUGUCGACGCGGAAACAGCCUUGCGACGCAAGAAGUUCCUGGAGGAGGCGCGACGGCGUGAGGCGUUGGAUGCGAUGGAUAUGGACAUGGGCUUUGGAGGCAGUCGGGUGGGCGAUGAAGAGGACGACGAAGAGGUCGUGCUUGAGGGCGAGGGCCGGGGUGGGAAGAAGAGGAAACGAGGGCCGAAGAAGAAAAAGGGCGAUAAGAACAGCGCGUCAGAUGUGUUGCGUGUUAUGGAAGGUCGGAAGCAGGGUCAGUGAAUGUAUGCAGUGGUAAAAGUAUGAUGGGACUGGUGGUUGGUGAAUCUCAGUGAAUCUCAGUGAAUCUUGUGUUAUGAUACCAGUGAAUGGAAAUGAAUUCCAG